UCUCAUGACCAGGACUUGGUGCGUACUGCUCUGGGGACGAGAGCAGACGACGUGAGCACCAUGUUGUAAGCGUUGUAUGGUAGGUCUCCUGCAAAUUUAGUGCAAAUUUCAUUCCAGUAGUGGUUUUAUUGGAGAUUUUACAGUGCGCCAAUGUGUCCAAGAUACCGGCAAGCUUCAUACAUGACGGAAAUAAUUACGUUUAUGGUGAACUUGUAUCCGUUUUGAAGAAAGAAACCUGGAAAGGGGGAGGGCAGUCGACUCCAUGCUCCACCAGACGACACGAAAUUUGACACAUUUGUGGACAAGCUUUCAGCACCCGGGACGGACACUGCAAGGUUUUUGCAGACAAAAAUAUUCUGCCACUGUUCAGCUUUCCUUCUUCCGAUUCCCAGAGAACAUUCCAAGAUGACUGACCGAGUCAGCGUGCAAGAAAAGAUCCCCUGUGUUUUUAGAACUGCUGUCUUGCAGAGGCAGUCUUCCAAGAGACACGACCAAUCUUACCACGUAGGGGCCCUCAACGAAGUCACCACAAAGGCACUAGAGGCGAACGUUCGAAAGGCCGUGGCUUCGGAAAAGGUAGAUGGCACCUGCGUGUACAUACAGGAGUUCCGAGGCAAGCCCUGGCUUUGGGCUAGACACGAUGUCAAACCCAAUAAACAAGCGGAGAGAAGGUUCAAGAAGUUCCAAAGUGCUCAUCAAGCGUGGGAGGUGGGAGACAAGGUGGGGCCUGAGCCAACGUUUACCUGGAAUGUUGAUAAAGACCUGAAGAAGCCACCAGAGCACUGGGAGACAGCGAGAGGGGUUCAGAGGAUCGACGGUCAAUUACAGCCUAGCGCGAGCGGGCACGUUCCCGGUUGGGUUCCCGUGUUGAAGGAUUCUCGGAGCCACUGCUGGCAUUUAGCGUCCACGGACCUGGACAAGGGAGUGGCGCUCCUGCUACAGAGAAAAAAAGACGACUGCAACAAGACACUGGAAGUCUCGACGGUAAGACUGGAGGAACUGUUGGGCCAAACGCUGGAGCUUGUAGGCACGAACGUGAACGCGAAUCCCUAUGGUUUGGGCAGCAAGAAGCGACCAGUCCACCUACUGGUGCCACACGGCGCGCUGAAGUUCUACACGCCCCCGCCGUUUGAUCACGAAGAGCUAGCCGAUUGGUUCGCCACGCCCGCUGGUCAGGUGGAGGGCGUGGUGUGGUACUGCGAUGACGGACAGCUCUUCAAACUACACCGACACCACCUCUGCCUCACAUGGCCGGUGGAAGAACCCAGCCUGACAACUCUACCUGUCCUCAUCACUGUCGACAUUGGACAGUAUGAAUGGGACUUUCCUGAAAGUUCUCAGUUUUACCUCUUCGGUAGACUAAAAGGACAACAAUUUGACAGCAUUAGAGCCGUGCAGUGGCUUGAUGAUAAUUAGUUUAAGUUGAAAUCCUUUCUACAUCUUUUCAUAUGUAGAGCAGUGCACAUCUUCCUCGCUAUAGCCCUUGGGCCACACAUUUGUACAAACACUAUACAUGUAGUAACUUUUGUGUAACAGACUCUCUCUGGUACAAAAAAAUGUACAUGUAACAUUAUUAUAGAUAUAAGUGCUGAGCGUUAAAAAGAGAGAGGCUUGGAGAGAAUAACAGUUGUAAAUGAGCAUUCCAUAGCGUUGGAUAACCAUAGAGAAAUCUGGUAGAAAUGCUGAACUGUUGUGUCAAGCAUUACAGGUGUGCAGAAAGUAACUGAAGGCCUACUGUAUCUGUUGGAAUGAGGACUGUAAAGACAGUACUGCUGGUUAUACCAGCUAUACAGGUAAUGUUACAGAUAAAGAAGCUUUUGUGAUAUGCCAAAGGGUGGUUAUACUGGCUAUACUGAUAUAGAAGCUGUUGUUACAUUGGCGGGCAUUUUAUCGACACAGAUAUAAGUGAAUUACUGAAAUGCUAAAAAAGGCAAUGACUCCAUUGGCGAGAAUUUGUUGUGCAGAGUAGUUUCUACACAAAUAGCACCAUGCCGCUGUAAAUCUUAGUAUACAUGGGCUUUCCUUUUGUUAAAUUAUUUAUGAAUGAAUAAAUAUUACAAAUGCAAUGGUCAGGAAGUUAAUGCAUACAGUCAAAACUCUCCAAGAAGACAACAUCAUUUUUGAAAAUACAAGGAGUAACAUAUCAAAUUGGAAUGGCAUUGACAGUGGAUGUUUUUAUGUGUACACUGUAUAUCAUUGCAGGUGUUCAAAUGUUGUAACUCAUGCUGUAUAAAAAUUACUUACCAGGGAAGUAGUGAUGUUUCUUGAUUACUGAUCCAAGUUCAAGUCAAAAGUAAGACGCCUAUAACCUAGCACUCUUACUCCUUACAUGUAUCUUAAAUCCAUGAGACCUACCUUGUAUAGACAUCUGUAGUAAGCUGUCUUUUGCUGUGUGGGCCUUACCUUGGGCCAGGCCACUAGUCAGCCUGCGUAUGAUGUAUCAUAUUCAGGGCUCAAAAUACCACCUGCAUAUGCAGGUUAGUGCAGGUAAAAUUGGAGCUGCGCAGGUAUUUCUGGUGUCUACCUGCACUGGUCCAUGUAAUGGGUUUUACACGUCAUAUAAUGUAAGUGUAUAUGGAUUGUUAUUAGCUGCAUUGACUGUUAUCACCUAUUAAGUAUAAAAGAAUAAACAGCAAUCGUUCCUGAACAAUUUCAGUAUGAUCCAUACUUUCUAAAUUCAGAGUGGUGCAGGUAAAAUUUGUCUGGUGCAGGUAAUUUUCAAUGUUACCUGCACCAGUGCAGGUAUGCAGAAAAAAGUAUUUUAAGCCCUGAUGGUAUAUAUUCAUUUUAAUGUAUACCUAUUGAUGUAUACCUAUUCAUUUUAAUGUAUGCCUAUUACUUAUAAUAUAAACUACUGUAGUAAUUAAAGAAAAAAACCCACAACAAUUACACAUAAGCACACGCCAAUCAAAAGGUAUACUUUUAUUUUGUAUUUUUUUUUUUCAAAACUUGACUCUACUCAACUUGGUACAGGAAUUUCCAAAAGUUGAUUAUCUUACAAAAAAGUCGUCGUAUAAGGUUCGUAAUGGUUCCACUUGAUUCAAAGGAACGAUCGGAUACACUGAAAAUACUUAUGACAUGGAUACUGUACAAAUGGGUGUGUACACGUUUCUGCACUAUCAAUGAUAUUCUUUCCAUUUAGCACAAUGCAGUUUUCUCCCAUUGCCAAAAUUGCAGUGGAACAAAAACCAUAUAAAUGAUACAUACAUGAACCUUGGCAUAAAAUAACCAAGCUUUGAUAGUAGCAUCUUUACAUAACGAACCAGAAGCACAUAAAUGGUUGAACAUCAGAUUAAAAUGUCUAAAGCUUUACAUAACUUUGUUCACAAAGUACAAUAACAAACAAAAGAAUCAAGAUGACUUAAAAUAAGAUUUACAGCAAUUUUUUUUCUCUCACUAUCAUGGUUUAUAAGUAACAAAAGAUCCCUGGGUUUUAAUCUCUUGUUUGAUGGAAUACUAGGUUCAUAAAAAAUCUGGAAUAUUGUUACUUUCUGCACUACCUAAUUUCUGCCACUAUUACAAUGAUGAAGAUGUUGUUGACUAUGUUAAGAAGUAAUCUAUGAAUAACAAGGCACCUUUGGGCAAUUUCUACAACACUAUCUGUACAAUAUUUACUCAAAGUCCUGCCAUAGACUUGGUCUCAAAGAAAAGAGGAACAAAAAAGGCUUUCCUUACAGUAGCAGCACAAUUUUUUUUAAACAGCAGAUGAAAUCAUAGUGUUCGCAAAUUUCCACUAUCACAGUAAGUCUUACAUCAGCUUUGUACUUUGUUUUUUCGACAAUUACAAUUCUUGUGGAAUGUGAAAGUGAAUCAACAGAAAGGGUUCAGCCAUUUUUUUCUCGAUACCGACCACGAGUACGGAACAAAAGAAAAACACUUUCACAGCUGCACAGGACGCUGCGUUACGAUCACAUCUCACCAACCUGUUUCACUAUACAAAUGGCAGAAAGCUCAUACAAAUAAAACAAUCAGCAACAAGGUCGGCAAAAUGGAAGAUGUGCAUAAUACGAUGAUUUAGUACACUUUAUCCUCUCUUGCUUGGCGACAAAAAUAGCUUCCCCAACUAAAAUACUUCCACUCUGUACAACUUUUCAUUUUCUUGUCACUGCCUUAAUUUGUGGUCUCCUUAAAUAUUGACUUCUUGUUCCUAAUAGAGUUUUUACAUUUCCAAAAUAACGGUUGGUGUACACAAAAAUCGAAGGCAACAGUUGCAGCACCUGGCUAUAUAAAGGGGAUCAUGUGGAGGCAUGUAUGCAAACAUGCGGCUACGUUAGCUAUGGAAGAGCUCCAGUGUUAUUGCAUAUUUUUAUUGAGAGGUUAUAGCUCUCUAGUCAUGACAAUGCCACGCUUGGGUUCAGGUUAUUAAGAAGACAAGAAUUUAAAUGCUCCUAUACACAUUCUGUACAGCCCUGAUUGUCCAACCAUAAAUUGACAUCAGUUGUAAAAAUUUGUACAGCCAUUUUUUUUUCAAACCCCUUGUUUAAACCUACUCCUCUUCCUUCGUCUGUUUUGUUACGUACCCUCGUUCUGUCUACAUAUAUUUAACUGUGGUCGCGAAAGAACAGUCAACCUAAGUAAACCUUCCUUUAAUAGCUCCCCCUUGCAGCCCAACUGCUUCAUUGCACCUUUUUUUAACAUCCUAGGCACUGUCACUCUUCACCUACAAGUUGUAUUGCAAACAUGUUUCGAAAACUGCAGUCCUAUGGCUCGGUUUAUAUCUAGGAUUCCUUCCUUUUUUUAUUACUUUAAGUCUGUACAUAUUGAACAACAUGCAAUUUAUUUGCAACAAUUGGCUAGCACGUUGCCAUCAUUGUUUAGCCCUGAUUUGGUAGGUGGGUGGGGGGUGGGGAAAGACAACAUAGUAAAAUGUAGUACAUUAAACAUAUCCUCUCUCAACGAACGCCCUGACUGUUUUGUAAGUCAGGAUCCUCUAGCUAUGCAAUUUACAAUGGCUGUACUUUGGUCCACGACAGCAUGGCACUAUCUCUCUUAAACAACACUAGUAGUAUCCUCAGCACUGUACAAGUCUUUGUUUUUGAGUUCAACAAAUCAUGAGAUGCCGUCUUCUUGAUGAUUUUUUUCUUCACCAAGACGACGGCGGGCAACAUUAAGUUACAUAUUGCUUCAUACAUUGCAAGGGAACAUAAAAAUAUCACUAAUGUUUACGUGAAAAAACUAGCUCGACUCAUGAUGCACGAGGGAUUAAAACACAGCAUACGCCGCCU